CUGAAGAAAUUGCUCUAAAACCCUAGCUUCUUUUUCUUUCGUUAAACCCCAAUUGCAAUCUGUAUACCUUUUAUUCUUGGCGUUUGUUUAUGUUUUUCUGCCAAUUUAACUGCAGAGCUGGUGUUAGUCUUUUUUAUUAAGAAAAAAGAAUGGAGGAGACGAGAAAUUCUGAUAUUGAUCAAUGCAUAAAAAAGGAAGCUCCUCAAUUAGCUGCACUUUUAAAAGAAAUGAAAGAUGGGUUAGAUGUAGUGAGGAUUAAAAUUGAUGCUUUAACAGCUAAGGUGAAAGCAAAUAAUUUCCCAACUGCAGAUGGGAUAAGCUAUUUGGAGGCGAAACAUCUAUUGCUGCUAGGGUAUUGCCAGUCGCUUGUUUAUUAUUUGCUCCGUAAGGCUAAAGGUUUUUCUGUAGAGAAACAUCCUGUAGUUCGGAGUCUCAUAGAGAUACGGUUAUUUUUGGAGAAGAUUCGACCAAUUGACAAAAAAAUGGAAUAUCAAAUUCAAAAGCUUGUAAAGGAUAGCGGACGUGCUAAAGAGCAGCCAAGUCUGAAGGAAAAGAAAUCCGACGCACCGGAAAAAUCAGAAGAUUUGUUGAGUUAUCGUCCUAAUCCAGAUAUGCUUGUCAGCAAAGACAAUAUGCAUGGGGAUGAUAGUGCUGUGUAUCGCCCACCUAAAAUUGCCCCUGCAAUCAUGGACGAGGAUAAGACAUCAAAACACGAAAGAAAUGCCUUGAGAAGACGGAAAGAUAUUAUGCGGAGAGGCAACGAAGGUCUCAUGAAAGAGAUGAUAGAUGAUAUGGAAGGGAGACCCUUAGAGGUUCAAGAAAAUCACGGAAAUGAUAGUAGGGAAUUCAUUAAAUAUCAGCAACAAUGGGAAGAACGUGCCCGGCAAGAAGAGGAUCUCUUUACUCGUGCUCCUAUCACAAAGAUGGAGAAGAAAAAGGAGAAACAAUUCAAGAAGUUGAAAGAUGGGCUAUCUGCUUUGACUGAUGAUUUCUAUGAAGAAAUCAAAACAUUACCCCUGGAGGAUGAUGAUGAUGGUGAUCAAAUGCCGCGCUUCAAUAACAAAAGCAGUGGAAAACUAAAGAAGCGGAAGAGACGAAAUUGAAACAACAACGAGGAUCUUCUGUGGCACAGACAGCGGAUGGAAUCAGAGGAUUCACUUCAGUGUUUGUGUUAAGGCCAUAAAAUUGGAAUAAUUUAGUUAUGAAAGGAGACAUACCCACCGAGUUUUGUUGACUUAAGAGGAGGAUUCAUAUUGAAUGUGCCGAGUUUUUGCAAAUGUGUUCGUUGGAGAUGAGAUGUAUCUAGCUCAUUUUUGUAUAAGAUUAACAACCUAUUAUAUUCUAUAGAACUAUAAAUUUUAUUACUAA